AUGGGAAAUUGUUUACGACGUGAAUCCUCCAUGCAAUGGGGCGGGGAAGACUGGGGGUCUCCCGUGCCGGAAAAGUUAUUGAAAAGCAAUAAAAGGCAAGAGAAGGGAUUGAAUGUAGAAGAAGCAGAAGAGCUUCUUGAAAAUCAAAAUAAAGGUUUGAAAUCUUCAAGUACAGAAGUAAAGAUCAAGAUUUCAAAGAAACAGCUUCAAGAAUUGCUUGGUAGGAUUGAUACGAAAGAAUUAUCAUUAGAACAAGUACUUGGCCAGUUGAUGAAGGACGUUAGUAGUGAUCCGUAUGAUACACAUCAACGGUCGUGGAGGCCUAAUCUACAGAGUAUUCCUGAGUAA